UGAUUUCGGCUUAACUUGCACUUAUAUCUGAGGCUUUGUCUCUAUUCAGACCAUAAGCAGUUUUCAAUGUAAUAACCUAUCGAAGUACAUAACAUGCUUGUGUGUGCUUUGAGCUGCCCAGAGGCAAGCACAGAAGAAACGGGCGAGGCUUUCGUGAAGGGAGGGCAAUAGUCACGUAACCAAUGACGUCAGGUUGUGGGGUAAAAAAAAAGUUUAACAUGGUGAGGACGAAGGCAGACAGUGUCCCCGGAACUUAUAGGAAAGCUGUGGCUGCAUCUGCACCCAGGAAGUCAUUGGGUGCCUCGAGUUCUGCAAAUGCAUCAAGCGGCUCACAAGCAGGCACGCCUGCGAAGAGUAAAUUUGCUGGAGGGAAUCCUGUGUGUCCUCGGCCCACCCCAACUUGGCAAAAAGGCAUUGGGGAUUUCUUUGGUGGGCCCUGCAGGGAGCCUGAAAAAGAGAACCAGCUCCCCCAGUCAAAUGAUGAAGAGGCUGGAGGCAGUGGAGUGUCCAAGGCAUCCAAGAAAUCCAGACCACUGCCUGCUGAAGAUGAGGAUGCUGAUGAAUGAGCUUUACCAAUCGUUUCCCAAUUAAAAAGCCAUUGCUUCUAGUACUUGAAUGGGCUGGCAGAUUUUGUAUAUAAUUGAUGAAUUCGUGGUUUUUGUACAGAAGUUUAAUAAACCUUUUUUUGUAUGCCUGA